CUAAAUUGGCCGGAAAUGGAGAAGUGUUUCCGGGUCAUAGAUUUAGACUGAGCUAUAUUAUCAGCUAUUUGUUGACUUUAAGCGUAGUUAACGUCGUUUCAAGAUGCAGCUAUGCAAAGUGUGCACCGAACAGACGCCAAAAUACCGAUGUCCAGCUUGCCAAAUAAGAUAUUGUUCUCUUUCCUGUUACAAGAGGCAUAAAGACUCUUGCCGUCCCGUUCAGAAGUUAAUAUCCAACAGAACAAAGAAUGCUAUCAGGACUGACACAUGGAGCGUGGAGGAUCUUCUGCACGAAGAGGACAUCACUGAUCUAGUACCUCUAGAGAAGCUUCAGUUGUUAGGUCAGUCAAAAGAGCUUAAGGACCUUCUUUGUAAUCCCCACCUGAGAGAACUACUAAGGACCGUUGACAGCGCAGACAGCAAGGAAGAAGCAAUGAAGGCAGCUAUGCAGGAGCCCUUAUUUGUGGAGUUUUCAGAUAGAUGUUUAAAGGUUGUAGAAAAAGAAGCUCAAAUGCAGGAGUUCAAUGAGGUUAUGGAGUGGUAAGCUUGAAAGCCGAAAGAAACUUACUAUUAGGUUUUCUAAAAAUAUAAAAAUGAUCUUGGAGGAUGCCAGACUGACACAUUCAUGUAACACAUGACAAUUAUUUUUUGCAUUUCAUUUAUUUAUUAUUAUAAUAAUUUUUUUUUU